AUGGCGUCGCCUGUGCCCAUCGCCCCCGUCGGCGGCUGGAAUCACAACGGCCAAGCCAUGCCUCCGAAUAACAACGAGUUUGAAGAUUCAGGUGUCCAACUGAGACCUAUGGGCCUCAAGGUACACUACACCUUUGACAAGGACAGCAAAAUCAACUGCCUAGCAAGAUACCCCCACACUCUCCAGGUCCAAACGAUUCCCCUCGACGACAAGAACUCAAUCGGCGUUAUCGACUUGCGCGUGUGUCUGCAGGCAGUCACCGAAUGCAGCCCCGAACUCGCCGCUCAAGAUGGCGACUACACCGUCUACGCCCUCGACUACUCGGAACCGGACACACCAUUGGUGGGGCAGGGCAUGUUGUCGUGGGCAUUGGAGUCGAUGCGAGGUGACUGGAACAUGCAUCAGCUCAAGAUGGUCACCGGCCGCGUUACCAAGAACCUACUCGCCGUCUUUGGUGGCGGUAACCGUGAGACCCUUGAGGUCAAGCUUAAGCUCACCGCCGCUGCCAAGGUCCAGCGUCCCGAGUGCCAACCCAGCAUGGAGAUGCAGCCGAUGAGGCCCAUGGACACAGUCAUGACCCCAACCGGCACCGCAGAAUGGAACUCCUUCAUCCAGUCAAAUCCUCAACUCGGUCACUCUGCUCACGUCUCGCGGGUGGCCUCUCCAGCCUUGUCCCAGGGCCCUCCUGCAGGUAUGAUCCGACGAGAUUCUUUCGGCCCACCCGUCCAGAGCAUGCCAAUGCAGGAGAUCCAGCGAGUGGCACCCGUGCCCGUCGACCCAGCAACCAUGCCAGCUCAACCAUCAUCACGACCCUCUAGUAGGAGCUCGAGGAGGAAGCAGCCGACAGGACGCCCCCGAGGAAGACCACGAAAGAAGCCAGUCGAAGGCAACACAUCGGGAUACGAAGACGGAACUGAGGGAGAGGAAGGUCCUGCUAAGAAAAGAGCCAAGACGACCAAGGUCGAUAAGGCCACCCCAAACCCGUUCGGUGCUGGCCCAGAAUCCCUCCGAGUUGCUGCCAGCACCUCUGGCUCCAUACGAAACUUCCGCCCCAUUGCGGCUAACAACGACAAUGCCGCAGGCAACCAUCUGCAAGAGGUUCCGCGUGCCCCUACGCCUGUUCCUGAAGGUGGUCCGAUGAACAUUCCUCCGCGAGGUGGCCCAAACGGCAAGCCCCGGCGGGAGUCAUCAAUGCGCCAGGAGUUUACCUCAAACCUGGCCAACCAGUACCCCCAACAGCCGAAACGGGCUCCAUCACCAAGCCAGGAGGACGGUCGGUCUCCUGAAUCCCUCGCUCCGACUCCCAACUACUCAGAGGAUAGCCCUCAAGAUAUUGGCUCCUCACCCCCAGUCGCUCGAACAGCCCCCUUCCUACGAUCGAGCCCUCCUCCUUCCAGCCCGAUUCUCCCGCCCAUGCCCCAAGCUGCCGACGCUAGCUUCAUGAAUGGCGAACUCGAUGAUCUCUUUGACGAAGCAAUUCUUCAACCGCUCAGGGAGAGCCAGCUCGCGACACAUGCACCCGUACAGAAAGUCAUCGAGGUGACCGACUCGACCGGAAUACCUACCCGGGUUUUUCAGAUGAAGGCCGGACCUGACGGCCACGGUCUCGUCCACAUUCAAAACUACAACACUCCCCAUCCCACCUCCACCCCAGCAGGACCACCAUCCAUCGAGGCUCCCUCACUACCUCCACUAAAGAAGAACCCCAUCCGACCUCGGCCGGUAAAUCCUACCGCCAAGCGUUCACGACCUUCACCACCCGCCCUCGCACCCACUCCACCACCCACAACGGACGCUAUCGAAAAGAAUGCGAGCCCAGUCCCUGUUUCUGAGGCCCCUGCAGCGGCAGCCGUCGAGCCUAUGGAGAUUGACGAUGUGACGACAGAGACGUCAACAUCCACUGAGUCAGUACUGGCUCUUGAAGCAGCUUUUACUCCGGACAUCCUCCCACUCCAAGCGCCUCUCCCUAACCCCCUUAACUCCAACACGAACCCACCACGACACUUAAGUCGAUCUCAAUCGGCAGGCCCUUUGGCCUUUCCCACAGUGCCUGCCAGCGAGCCUGCCGGUCCAUCCACCCUCUCACAGUCUAUACUUCCAGACCCCCCGCGCGCCACAACCGAGAUUCCCGCUGUCCUCCGUCGAUCAAACUCCACCGGCCCCCUGAGCCUGCCCGUCCCUGCGAGCGACUCAGUAGGACCACCAGAGCCAGUCCUCAACUUGGCAAGUGUUGCCUUCUCCGAGGCACCUUGCCCUCCCAGCGAUGCCCUCCCCGCUCCUUCAUCUCCUCCUACAAAAUCCAACAAGAACCAAGUCAAGAAGCAGUCCAUAAAGCAGCGAUUAGAGAAGGCCAUCGCAAACGGCGAAAUGCCUCCCUUUUGCACCAACUGCGGUGCUAUCGAGACUCCAACUUGGCGCAAGAUCUGGGUCCAGGACCAUGAUGGCGUACCGGAAUACGUCGAGUACUCUGAGAAGCCGGGCCGGAUCACCGCUAUUGAUGUUCUGAAGCGUGACGACGAGAACAAGCCUCUUUCUUACCGACUUAUCAAGAAGUCUCUCGGCGGCGAUGAUGACAGGAGUGCCUGGCUGGAGCAACUCCUUUGUAAUCCCUGCGGCAUCUGGGUCACCAAGUACCGAACCCAUCGUCCCCAGGAUAAAUGGGACAACAGCUUCGGACGACUUGGAGAGGCACGACGCAAACGAGGCCCUGGUCAAAAUAACUCGAGAUCUAAAAAGGCCCGCACUAAGAGUGACUCGCAGCCCAACUUGGCAUCUGAGCCAUACUUUGCGACUGACCCUCUUGGUCCUAUUGAGCCAUCCUCUCCGAAACACACUGAGGGUGCACCCUCCCAAGGAUACACGGGUCCUGGCCUCGAGCAAACCCGAGACAGCGAGGCCCCUUCGAUGCUCGGGAAUGAUCUACCCAACAAUGACAUGAGUCGUUCAAACCCAGGGUCAACACACUCGAGGGGCAGUGGGACCGCUCUUAGCCCUAUCGACAUUGACUUAGAUGGGCAACUUGGAAGCACCAGGCGACUCCUUUUUCCCUCUCCUCGCAAAGACAAUUCGCCUCGGGUUCUCGGAGAGUUGAACGUGAAUAUUGUUCAAACUACCGAGUGCAGACAAAACAAGGAGGUGGCUGAUGAGAAGGAGAAUAUGGCCGUCAAUGGACAUGAGGAGGUGUCACAAGAGCACGAUAUCUUGGAGUCUCUGUUCCGAAGCCCAGCACAUGCUCGCCCAUCGACCCCUCCCCCAACGGCCAAGGCUACGACCAGUUCAACUCCUUUCAAGACGCCUACGCGUCCAACCCCAAGCCACCGACCUGUUACACGCAGCGUUUCUCGAUCGCUACGCUCCGUGAGGGAUGUCCUAAUGUCUCCCAGUGGGCAGGCCCUGCUCCAACGAACGCCAACCAGGACUCCACGAGGUUCUCUUAACGUUCAGGGCAGUGCUAGCCGGCGACGAAGCCCUCGAAACCACCAAGUCAACUUUGACAGCGUUUUUGAUACUCCCUUGAGUCGCACCAUCAGCCAGAUGCUCUCAGAUCCUGCUUUUGAUUUGGGCAACGGCGACCUAGAUCUCAGCAGCCUACCAGCUCUAGACACCAGCCAUGGCAACCUCAUCGACUUUGGCAACCUUCUAAGCACUGAUGCCGUGAUGCCGAGCUCGCCCCCUAAGGAUGGCUCGCUGGGCUUCGACUACAGUGGCUCUGCAGAGGUCUGGGCACAAUGGAGCAUUGAGCAAAGGGUUCGAGUACACGAGAUGGAGGAGUAA